AUGGAGACUGGAGUUGUCCAGGUCGACCCUGCCCAGCCGCCUGUUGAACCCGAGUGGGCCGGCGAGUGGCUGCGCCUUGCGCGCCGGCGCCUGGCCGGCGGCAGAGCUGAGGUCGCAGCGAAGGCGGCCGGUGUUGCAAUGCAGCUGCAGCCGGCCCUGGCCGGGGAAGCGGAGGAGGUCCUUGCCCAGGCGAUGGGGACCAAGUUUCAGUCGGUGGAGAUGGAUGACCUUGGCUCAUUGCUGCUGGAAACCUGGAUCGAGAGUGUCGAGGAAGCUGGAGCCCUCUACACCGGGGGAGCUUUGUGGAAGGCUGGCCUGGGCUUGGCACGCCAUCUUCCGGCCAUGGCAAACACCGAAUUCCCUGGGCAUCGAAUUCUGGAACUUGGCAGUGGCACAGGCGUUGCCGGCUUGGCAGCGGCCGCUUGUGGUGCUCAUGUUGUGCUGAGCGAUUUGCCAGCAGCCACAGCAUUGUUGGAGAGGAACGUGGAAUUAAAUCGGCAUGUCUUCCAGUCAAGGGGCUCAGCCAGCGUGAAGACGCUGGACUACCGGGAAGCUUUGACUGAUCCCUACUGGCAUGAUUUCGACCUGGUCCUAGGUACCGACCUUGUUUGGCUGAAAGAACAAUGCCUACCUGUAGCACAGUGGUGCCAAGCCUGUGGUGCACCAAUCUUCCUGGUGAGUGUUCCCCGCUGGCCUUGGCUGGAAGAUGGACUUCUGGCGUCCUUCAGAGCAGUUGGUAUGAUUCCUCAUGCGCUGAGCAACGGUGUCCUGCCCGGGCUGAUCGCGCUGCUCUUCUUGCCCGCAGGCCGUUGUCCUGCCGAUUCCGUGCCAUGGAUUGCAGCUCAUUGGGACGAGCUUGCCGCUGAACAUCAGGGAGCUCCGAGGUGA